CCUUCAUCCUCAUCGCUGCAUCUCUAACGUCAAACACCACAGGGUUCAAAGACAAUUAUAUACCAGCCGGACACCCAGCCAAACCUCAGAAAUGUGCACCUCUGACCUCUUCCUCGCCUUCAUCGCCAUCCUCUUCCCUCCUCUCCCAGUCUGGGUCAAGACCGGCCUCUGCUCCGCCGACUCCCUCAUCAACAUCCUCCUCUGCAUGCUCGGCUUCCUCCCCGGCCUCCUGCACGCCUGGUACAUCAUCGCCAAGAACCCCGAGCUCGAGUCCUACGACGCACUCCCCCAGGACGCCGAGGCCGGCAGCCGCGUCACCUACAUCUACGUGCAGACCGAUGGCUCUGCACCGCGACAGCAGCAACGCCAGCCACAGGGCUACGGGACCGUGAAGCCGAUGGGUGCGCCGCAGUUGCAGCAGCACCAGAAUGGCACUUGGGGACAGGGAAGCGCAGCGGACGAGGGCGAGGGAAGCCACCCGGCACCGCCGACGUAUACGCAGGCUGUGACGGGGGCGGCGGAAGAUCACAAGGUGCAGACGCACGAUUAGGUGGGUGCUGAUGCGAGUGUGAUUUAAGCGGCGAGGAGUGGGUGGGAAUUGGUUUCAAUUUUCUUUGUUGACCGCGUUGCGUUCGGUCUACAGAGCAUUGGGAGAAUGGCGUACUUGAUCGUUUUCUUGUUGGAAUAUGAGGGGUCUGUAUUGGCACUGGCGGUUGACUGCGAUGGCAGUUUGCUGGAAUACCACUCUUUGCUGCAUCGUAUGAUUGCUUCGUGCGUCACGGCUUUGGGCGAGUUCGCAGGUCGUGCUUCGUGAGGGAUCAUAGCUUUAGUAAAAUACAAAUGUUGACCCUCCGAUGA